CAUCGCUCAGUAUAUAAUGGACGAGACUGCAUUUCAAGAUAUCAGACAAUAGGAUGGAUUGAAAUGGAAUACUGCUCAGCCCAUGGAGCCAGUGAGCAGACUUGUGAUCAUCGUUUUCCGGCACUUAUCCAGCAGCGAAUUGGCUUUAUCAACCUUCGACGUUAUUUUCGCUUGGGCUGGGUUCUUUCAAGUACAGACACUGGCCUAUCAUGGCAAAUGUAUGGAAGUAAUGACAUGUUACUUGAAGGUCUUGGAGCACUCUCUCACAUGCCGUGUAAGUACAGAAGUGGUAUAGCCCUGCUGCUGUGA